AUGUUUCGCCAAUCAGUUAUUAGAUCAAUUAGACCAAUUGCACACAGACCAGUUGUCAUCUCAAGAAACUACGGUAUCGUCGAUGCUGCUACCCAAGCUGUGUUUGGAAAGAAAGGUUUAGAAGAAAAGAAGCGCAAGGAAGGCGAAUUGGAAAACAAAGCUCAAGAUAUCAACUUGGACGGUGGAAGAAAAGCCGCCAGCAAAUUGGAUGAUGCACAGGAUGCAGCUCAAGAUGCUAAAGAAACUGCCAAAUCAAACCUCGAAGACGCCAAAGAUGGUGCACAAUCUACAUUUCAAAGUGCCGCUGAAACCGUCAAGUCUGCUGCUGAUACCGUCAACAAAAAGACUGGCAAAGUCUUAGCUGACACCAUUGACAGUGCUCAAAAGACUGUUAACCCGUCUGAUCUUGCAGACAAGGCUAAAUCAGCCGCUGAUUCAGUAAACAAGAAGACGGGAGAAGUUCUCGCUGACGGUAUUGAAACAGCCCAACAAGCAGUGAAAACCAAUGGUUCCAAACAUGACGACAUCGCUGAAAAAGCCAGAGAAACUGUUGAAAAUGCUGCUGAAUUAUCUUACGAAAAGCGUAUAGAAUUGGAAGAGGCAGAGGGUAGAGAAGAGGUUAGAGAAAACAUCAAAGGAUAUGCUAGUUUGCAAGAUAAGGGAAGAAAAGCCCCAAUUGAGCAAAACAGACCUGAUGAUGCUAUGUAG